GGACCUGGAAGAAAAUAUCCUUGAUAGAAGGUGACAUUAUAAUCAAGCAAGUUAAUGCGUCCUCUAAAUUCAAUGGUAGUGAUUAUGGGAUGGGAGUCAAGUCUUCUAAGUCAAGUCCACCCGGCAUCAAUAUACAAUUGACAGAAACCAGAAUAGGGUAACUACAUUACUUAUUUUCAAAACUUGCUUGGAUUUUAAGCUUCCUGCGGUACGGAAGUUAAAGGCAUGGAGACGGAGAGCAAAGAUAUUCAGAAGCUGGAGGUCUUUGGUAUUCUCAAGGAAGCUGUAAGUAUUCCUUGCAAGAACAUCAACUUCCUCGUAUUCUCCAUAAUGAUCUCAUUCCCUUUGUUCAGCUUCUUGAUUUACUACGAAUCUUUCCUCUUAAAAACUCUGGCUCAAACCUCAGAUAUUCUAUCAACCCAUUCUUAUUCCAACUAUAACUGGCCACUCCCAGAUCAUCUUAUAACCGAAAGCAUGAACAAAGAUUUUGCUUAUAAAUUGAUUCAACUUGGUCUCCUUUAUCUGCUACCUCUUCAUCUCUUAGAGCUCUUCACAAUGCUUCUGACCAUCGACUUGGCAUCAAAGAUAUACUCAUCAGAAGAGAGACCGACGAUGACCCUCAAAGAGAUGAUCGAUAAACCCAUUUACAUAGCAAAGCUGGGUGCCGCUUUGAUCACAUCAGUCUAUGUUCUCAUCUUGUCAACUUGCACUCUACUGGGAUUGAUAUGGUUAGUGAUAAACUACUAUAUUUUGUUGAGGAACUUGAUUUAUAAUGUGUUAUUUGCAGUGAUAUAUGGGUCAGCUUUUGUAGCACUUUUAACGAAGUAUUUGGAAUGGAGUGCGCAAUGGAUCAUGGGUAUUGUAAUUUCAAUUUUAGAGGAAAUAAAAGGGGUUGAAGCUCUUGAACUCUCUGCAUAUUUUAGUAGAGGUAAUGAGAAACGGGGGAGAGUGUUGAUGCUUGUUUUCUUUGUUUGGGGAGUUUGUUUAAGGCUGCCAUGCCUGGUUUUUAGGUGCUAUGAAAGUGGACAUGGAAUGGUUUUACAGAAUGUUUUUUACAGCUUAGGGAAUCUUAUAAAAUGGGUGGCCUGCAUGGUGUAUUUUUAUGACUGCAAGAAGAGGAUUUUAGAGAAGAAAAUUGACGAGGAAGUGGGGAUUGUCGAAACUAGUUUGGGGAUAAAAUAAAAUAAAAUACUUUGUUUCAGGAAUAUGAAAUUUUAAUAAGUUGGGCUUCUGAGGCUCUUUCUAUCUUUAUCCUUUUAUUGUGCAUUAAACAUGUUACGCUGAUGAUUUUGUUUAUCAGUAACAUUGUCAGAAUUUCUUAGACAAC